UAUUUACUCCAGAGAUUGCCUAUUUGCUUGUCAUUUUUUCCUUUGUCACCCUAACUUUCUUGAGAGAGUGAUUGGGAAUUGUGGGUUGCAAUGCUACCAAAGUCAGGCCACUGUACACCUUUUGCAAGUCUUCUUGGCACCCUGGUGCUGCACUUGAAAUAUAAAAACUAACUUUUAAACUUUGAAUUUUCUGUAGAAGGGAGUUAAUUUAACCUACAGACAGAAACAAACCAAAAAAAACCAAAACAAAGCCAUGAAUUUCUGAUGGUGAUCUCUAAGCAGAAAUGGGCCAGUGAGUGUUGCCAAAUCUGAAGACAGGCUCCUGGAGCAGGAGUGAUGUUCAUCUCUGUCUGUCAAUCACCAUGGAGUGUGAUGAGCUGCUUUGUGCUGGCUGAGCUUUGUGGUGUUGACAGCUAUAGACCCUUGAAGAGAUGUCUCCCUGAAACUGAAUUCUUUCAGGCUGCUUCCUAUGAAACAAGGUAGUUACAGCUCUGCUGUCAGUUUGCCUGGCGAAGCACUCUGUAGGUGAAUGCAUGCAAUUUGAAUAUGGGAAUUUGAAUAUCAAAUGUAGGGUGGUACACCAGAGAGCCCAGACUGAAUGAGAUGCUGGAGAUCUGCAAAUCUGCAUGAACCUCUGUCUGGGAAGUGAAACCCUGGCACCUGGAUACUAGGAGCUGAUGUAGAUGAGUCACUGACUUUUGCACUGGAGAGAUGAGUAUCACGUUAGAGCCCCGGGAGUACAGGAGCCCUUCAUCAGAAGGAUGUCUGCUUGUUGGGUUUGCAGCUCUAACAUCAGGAGAAAUGAAAUCAGCAGAAAUAAAAACAAUGAACAAAAUGAGACAGCAACCCCCAGCCCAGACCUCUCUGGGGUGCAACCUGAAAGUUUGGUAGUAGACCUGGAUGGAACUCUUAGGUAAUAAAGAGCAAGUUUUCAGAAAAUCUCUUUCAAUCUGAGGCAUCCAAGAAUAAAUCCUGAGUACGUAUAACAAAUGUACAAAGAUUGGAGAGUCUGGUUGCCUCAGCUUUGCAUUGCUCUGUGUGGUUCCAGUAAAACCAUUAAAUGAAAGAAGUUUGAAAUAGGGAAUGAGUAAGUACUUGAGAUUACUUGAAUUCAGGCCAGUCUCUUCUGGAUCCAUGCUUUCAGGGUACAUAAAAAGACACAAGAUUGUAAGGAGGCCAGAGGACUGUAUGUUGUAUUCUUUGAGAUACUGAGAUGAUUCUGUCCAGAUUCUACUGAAAAAGUGCUCCAGCAGAGGUGCACUAGAGGACAUGCUUUUUAGUACCUUUAAGUGUGAAAGAUCAUGUCUGAACAACCUAACUUCUGAAAUGUGAGUUACGGUCAUUAUCUGAGUCGCGCUCAACUUCAUUCCUGUGCAGCCGGAGUAGCGACUUGGUGUUACCUAGGAGAGUGUUUCUUGUUCCCUCCUCUUCCCUCCCCUCCCUUUUAAGCAGUUCAGGGACUGCUUUUCUGCCCUAUUUUCUGUGCACCACCAGUUUUUAAGAAUAAAGAUAAACACACAAAUGCAGUGCUGUGUGCAAGGCAAGAAUUCUUCAGGAAAAACAUUCACCUUUGCCUCUGAAAACACCUCAGAAGCUCAUAGAACCUAGGGAGAAGGGUUCUUUGUUUUUAUCAGGACAAGUUAUGGGCCAUUUGUGGGGUGAGGUGUUCCUUCUAAUCCUUAGUGUGUGGUUCAAAACCUUAAAUUGUGGGGUAGGUUUAUAUUUUUAAGAAGCUGUUAGUGCUGUUGUAACUCUAGGUAAUAUAUUGUUCUGUUGGGUUUUAAUGGCCUUCUUUCUCUUUUUUAAAUUCCAGUUAUACUUCUACAUAUGUGCAUCUUUAAAAAACACUUAUUUGACUCUUAAGAGUAAAACUGGCAAAGGACAGAGUAAAGCCAGGAAAGUUAUUUCAGCUUGACAGGAAAGUUUAGGUUGCUUAGUCAGCUAAGCAUGUAUUAUUAACAAAGUUCUAUAUCUCAUAAACAAUGUGGGAAGCAAUUACUGCAUUUGUGAAAGAAGUCAUUCAGGAUUUUUGGGAGUCAUGAUACAAACAGUCUCCAAACCCAAAUAUUCUUAAAUGACUCUGCAGGUGAACAAGGUCUGGUAACAAUAUUGUUCUGUGGAGUGUCAGGAAUCUAUAAACACUGUGCCCAUACUUGAGGAAAAACUGCUGGAUUUAAAUGUUCACGAAGAACGCAUGACAUAAUAAAGCUCUGGCACAUAAUCUUGUGAGGGAUCUACCCUUCAUCAGGGCAGGCUGGUUCAAUCAUAAGAUAAUUUGUAUUUUCAAGGAACUAACAGGAAGAGAAAGUUUUUUUAAAAUAUACUCUGUUCUGGAAGAAGGGUGCAGCUGAAUGCUGUGGCUUGAAAGUAAACUUGCUUUUGAACAAACUCAGUUUAAGGAGUUAGGCUGAAUAUUUUAACAGACAACUACAGAUGGGCAAUUCACUAUAGAAGUGGGGAAUCCCUGCUGUGUUUGAUAACCAUCAGACUGGUUCCUCCAGCUCUUAUGGAAGUUGAGUUUUCUACAGCUUUAGGAAAACCAUUGCCAUCUUAAUAGAGGUAUCUUCAGUUUUUAGAAAUGGAACAGCAGCAACAGUGAACACAGGUGAGUGUUACCUUCCAUACAAAGCACGACAGAAUAAGUUGGGAUUCUUCCACCUGAAAAAACAGUAAAUGACAGUUAUCUUCAAUUGCUGAAUCACGUGGAAAGUUUAGAGGGGGAGCAGCCUUUUUUUUUUCCUUUUCCAUUAGAAGUAGGAACAGGUUGCAUGGAGUAAGCUUAAAACCAAGUAACAGCUUAGUCCUCGAUGUGUGCCCUUAACCUGGGAAGCUUCUUGCCACAGGAUGUUGUGAAUGCCAAAUAUAUGUGUAUAUGUGAGGACAUGGGGCAGGUCUGUAGAAGAAGGAGCUAUUGAAGGUUACUAAAUGCAUAGAAACCACCUUUAUCCCAGGAAGUCCCUGAGCUGCUCAUUGUUGAAGCCUGGGAGAGUAUUCAGGGAGGUGAAGUGCUACUAUGGGUUUGCUUCAGUCUGAUGUUUCAGGCCAGAGCCAGGCAAGUGCAGCCUGGUUUGUCAGCAUGGGGUGGGUGGGGGGAUGCUAAUAAAACUGGUAAAAGAGAGACUGGCACAGCUUGUGUUCUAGGUUGGUUCUGUGCUGCUUGUGGUGUACAGCAUGCACCUCUUGCUUGCUGAAGGCACUGCCUUGGGCUGCUGGAGUCUGCAGGCUGUUGACUUGAAUUUGAAGAGAGGCAGAGUGUAAGUCUAGAAACUACACAGGUAGGAAAGGUGGUGUGAAGAUGAAUAUUGUAAGCAGAGAAGCUGACUUUCCCCUUUUCUCUGUGGCAAAUGCUGUUCCUGCUAUUAUGGGAUGGUAGGUUUUAUUGAGAUACAGAGACUGCCUUACUGCCGAUAGCCUACAUCUUAUUUGUGUUAAUUUCCCUCCUUUGAAAGGGUGUUUCUUGCUUUGUAAUGGACUCUAACUUAAUUUGAGCUAAAAUGGGUGAUAAGCUGAUGCAUGAACAGUAAAACCUCUGUUCCAAAGCUUUUUCAAACUAAAAAUGUCAUGGCCUACGUGAGGUUCAUACUCUUCAGAAGUACUCAAAACACUGGUCCUAUUUUAAGUCCUGUCUAAACAUUUAAAAAUAACUCAGAAACAGGGCUCACUUCUAGAUGCUUCACCCUUGAAAGUCAGCUCUUGCAGUUGGUUUUAGAUGCUUACUCAGAUGUGCAGAGGGCACAGUACAGAACAGCCCUAGUUGUUCCUUUGAACUUUUAAUUUCAGAAGGAAGAGGACAACAUCAGGCUGUUAUUUUGUCUCUAGAGACAUGGUUUCUGCUGUUUUGAGUUUGGGGGUGGGGGGUUUAAAACUUUUUGUUGACUAAUUUUGCUGCUGUGAUCCCUGGGGAGCAGCUAUGCAGAGCUGACCGGUAGCGGAACUGUGGUGCUGUGUAUUCUUGGAGGCAGGCUCUUAUGACUGAAAACUGAGUUGGUGUGUUUUGGGAAGCUGUAGCCCCUCUCCAAGGAUACAGAAACAGUCUUGUGUGCAUAUCAUGUUCUGUAGUGAACGUUACUCCAUGGAGUGGCUGAGGAGUUGUGUGCUCAGAUUACAGCUGUGGGGAAUACAGACAGACCUGGGGCUGAGAAUCCAGGUGGAGGAGACUGAAGUUCCUUUCCUGUUGAUUGCUUCUCCUUUAUCUUGAUUUAGUCAACUCUGAUGUAGGAAGAAGUUUGUAUCCCAAACCCUGUCUCAUCAUUGCAGAGUAGCAAUGUGCUCAGUUGUUACCCCAUUUACGGAGUAUCUUUCCUGGUUUGUUCUCAGUUUCUCAAUUAUUUUUUUCAUCAGUAGCUUGGCUCAAGCAGUGUUUCUCUCUCAGCUUGCUCCUGUGUGUGCUGGACCUGUCUGCCAUUCUCCAGAUAGUCUGUCCAGAUUAGUUUUAGUUUGAACCCAUCUUUAGCCAGUAUGAUCUUUUCUAUUCCUAGCUGAUCCAUGAUGUUAACUAGUGUAUUUCCCACUAAGCCCUGAGAAGAUUGAAACUAAAACUUUUUUAUGAGGUGAAAUUUGUGUCAGCCCCACCAUGGACUCCUGGGUUGAUGUUGGGAGGCUGAUUGCUCAGUUUGAUCCGUGUAUAAGUCUGAAAAGAGCUGUCUGAGCCACACUUUUGUGGGGUUUCGAUUAGUUAUCUAUGCAUGGCAGAGUAAACUGUUUCCUUUCCCAGAGGAAGGCACAGUCCCUGCCAUGUGUGUGGAGUACACAGCCUAAAAUGACAGAGGAGGGCUGCCUGGACCUGGGACAGUCUGCAAGCAGAACUGUGAUGACCACAGGCUAUGGUUUAUCCUUCUAGCACAGAUGUGCAUACUUGUCCCUUGUUUCCUUCCUCUCUGUUUUGUCUAGCUAUUCCUUCUAGCAGAGGAGCAGCUACUGAGCUGUAGGACUCAGUGCUGUCACUGUAAAUCUGGUUUUCCUGUCUCCUGGGCACUUUUUUGCCCAGGGGUGACCCUGGCAGGCAGCAUGGUCUUGAAAUGCCAACAGUCAGCCAGUUAUACUGGCUGAAAUUCCUGCUCAAGCAGUUUGCAUUUCAGAUUGGCACUGCAGACCUGUUUAGUGCAUCUCUGCAGCCCUAGGGUGAAGGUCUGGGCUUCUCUGAAAGGGGAAAGGAUGAGCCAGUCAGUCCUGCUCAGCCAGUGGCUGUCAGACUGAGCAGGUGGGAGGGUAGCAAACCAGAUGAAGAACAGUCUCGACCAAAAAGUCUUUAAAAUUCAUGGCUGUCAUGAGCUGGUUCUGAACCUUUGUGCCUCUAGGACAGCACCAAAGAAGUUUUCUCAACCCUGAACCAGGAGCUCAAAUAUUUUGCCAGAAAAAGUUGGGAUCUCCGUAAUCUGAGCGAACAGAACCUCAUGUUUGUAAAGCCACUUGAAGGUACAAAAUUUCUUACUGGGAAUUUUUUCUUGUUAUACAAUUCCUUGUUCUGGAUAAUACAUGACUAGAUGUCUGCAUGCUAACAAAAUAACUGAAGAACUCUUGCUCCACAAGGUUUAUUUCUACAAGUACCAAAUCUUGCAGGGUCCCAGCUUCUGCUUCCUUUGCCACUUAAUUUUACUGUUGCUUGUUUUCACUCCUCCAGGCUGUGGAUCCACUGUGGUAUGAAGGGACAGCAUUGCCUGAUGGCCUGUGCCCAGCAAUAGUUCUCUCACCCCUCUCUGUAUGCAGUCUCGUGCUCUGAAUUUUAUCCUUGAAACAAGAACUUCCAAGUGUGGGCAGUGCCUGGCAUGGAGGGCUGUGAUUGUGCAGUAGAAGAAUAAGGCUGCAUGGCUGCUGCCAGCCUGUGAUCCCUCAGCUGUGUGUACCUUGAAUGCCCUGCAUGGGUGGUUCCUGGGCCACCAUUCCAUGCUGGACUCCAUUUGAAAGCACUGAAUAUCCAGCCUGCAUGGGACAGUCUUUGUUCAGAGCUGUUGUGACUGGGGUGAAGUUGAUCCUGGCUCUCAGGUCUGCACCCAACCUGUUCAGGCUUCUGCACUAGCGUGGUGAGAGCUGUUCUUUCUUAGAUGUGUUAUGUAGGUGUGAAGCUUCCCAAGCUUGGGAAGAUCCCCAGGGUUUUUGAACAGCAUGGUGUGUUGUUAUCUGUUACUGGCUUUAUGAAAGCCUUGGCAUUGCCUUCCUGAGGUGGAAGAAAAUGUCUGGUCGCCUCAGUUUGGAUCAUUAUCUAGCAGACCUGUGUAACCUAAUUGCCAGACUAUUGAGCCUAGUAGUUCACAGCUGAUGACUGAGAACCUUGCAGGCUGAGGCACUAAUUCAUGGCAGAUAAUUGAUCAAAGCGUCAUUUCUGAUAAUGCUUUAACAUAACUUGAGUAAUACAAGGUAGAAUAUACCUCAUCUUGGUUUGAAGGCAAACCACAAGCAGAUUGUGGCAGUGAUGUGGAGUUCUGUUUAUUCUGCUGUCUCUUCUGGGUGGGAGGGGAUAGGUACUACUCAUGUGGCUGCAUUGCAUUAAAUGUAUUUGCAUGUUACUGCCUGUAUUCAUGGCUACAGCCAGAACUGCUGACACUCUUGGAGUGAGAGGGGAAGACUGUCAAAUUGCUGUCAGGAGGUAUGGUUCUCCAGGAGAUUAGGGGAAGGCAGAAAAGGGAAUUUUAUUUAAAAUGAAGGAAAAUACCAAAAAGAAUUCUUCCUGUCUACCAAGGGCACAUUAGUUCUUUAUAGAUUUAUUGUGGUACUAAAUCUGAGACUUAAGGGUGUCAAGACAAUUUCUUUAACAGAACAGAGCACCCUGCACUGCUCAAUGUCUGCAAAGCAAAAUUAUUUAUUCAAGACAGGCUACAGUGCAUAACAUUUCUCAUUUGCAUCUUGACAACUGGAUGGUGGAGCUCGGGACAUGGUCCUUGUGUGUCUGCCUGUGGUCUGUACCACUGCUGGCAUGAACUCUUUCUGUAGUCAGCCUCUGUUCUCCCUUCCACUGUGCAAACCUGCAGGGCUGAUGCUGGCAUGGAGACCAUGGGGUUUUUCCUCUUGGAGUGAAAGUGCAGGACUGGUGCUUUUUCACAAGCGUUUCAUAGGAUGUUUGAAGUUUCUCUCCUCUCCUGCUGAGUUACUCCAAGGCCAGGCUGGAUGCAAAAGAACUUCCCUAGGGGGUGUGGCCUUUGCCUCUGUGAGAGCUUGGUUAGGGGUCACAGUCCUGUCCUCUGGGAAGCAUGUGCUGGUUGCAGAGGUCUUCUCUCUCCCUUCUGUAGGGCAUCCUGCCAAGGAAAAUAGACUCUAAGGCAGAAGUGAUUACAUGGAGAUCUUGUGCUGUCCUGGCUGUUUUUGGAUGAAGCAGCUGGACAUUUCUGCUUUAUAGAAAUUGGCACGAAACAGCUAUGGCAGAGCAGGGUUCUGGCUUUUGUAGCUGGUGGAGCCAGAGCUGAGAACAGGAGGAUCCUGGCUGAGGCUGGGAGAGGUGCCCCUAAUGACAGGGAGGGCACUGUGGUUGGGAAGGUGUGCCUUGUUUGAGGUGGAGGCUGGUAAAAUAUGAAUCACAUCUGUUUGAAGUAGUGAUGAAAUCCCAGAUGAAGGUUUUCUGUAAUACCUGGCCAAACAGUCUGGUGUGCUCCAGCUUUCCUUUCUCCCUGGUUAGAACGGAUGGUCCUGACCUACUUUUAGCAAUCGUGGUUCUGCCCAAGGCUUGGCUGUUCCGACGGCACACACGGAUCCGCUGUGUUCCCUCUGAGUGAGGAGUUUCCAUCGAGUGCUGGCAGACAGGGAAGAGCUGUUCCUGAAAGAGGGACUGUGGGUGCACUUAACUUGGAUCUGCCACUUCUGUGCUCUGUGGCUCUGGCCCUGGGUUUGCUUUCCCAUGGUGUGCAUUAACUUUUGUGUUGAGCUGUCAGGAUUCAGUUAGAUGGUAUCUGAAUGUUAACAUGAAAGAUACUACCUUCAGAAACAGCCAGGGAGGUUAGGCUUCCAGCCUUCUAAAUAUGUGAUUAGGCAGGGCUGGAGUACAUUCUUAAUAUUUAAAAAUAAAUAAAGUCUAUAAAUGUACCAUAAAAUAGAAGUUUAAAUAGAAUAUCAUCCUGGGGCAAAUUGCAAAGCUCUGUGUAGCUCAGUGUCCUGCCUUUGACAAGAUCCAGAGGCAGAUACUUAAUGAGGAUUGUAAGAAACAGGGCAUGUAUAAUGUGGUGGGUUUGUUUUAGGGGUUUUUUUUUCAUUCCCCCAAACCCCCCCCCCCCGCCCUCCAUUUGCCUCCCAGCUUAUGACCAUCAUCAGUUUAGGGCCCUGCUUGGCAUGAGGAGUUGUAUCUCAUCAUCUGAUCUCGACUAUAUCUAUUCUCCAUAAUUUAUAUAAUCCCUCUUCUCACUUGUUUAUGUUUCUGGUCUCCAUGACAUCCUACAGCAGUGAGCUCUACAACUUAAUUAUGCAUUUUAAAUGUUAUUUGAAGUAUUCUACAUCCAGUGACAAUGUCCCUGAGCUGACUUAGGAAAGUUGUCUGUAACUUUGGUGAGUGCUCUCUUGUUUCUGCAUUGUAAAAUAUGGUAGUAUAGCCUUGUAACUCCAUCGAUAACUCCGUGUUUUUCAUCUUGACACUGCCAUGUUUCAGACCUCUUGACUUUUCCUUAUCUUCCCCGUGCUUGUUUCUUUGUCUGUCCGAAGUCCUGCUCUGUUCAAUCACUCCUUAUAUGGAAGCUUCUCCAUGCUUUUGGUCAUCUUUGUUGUCCCUUUUGUUAUUGUCUCCUUUUUCAGAUGUGGGAAUCAAAACUGCCUUCAGCAUUUGACAGAAUAAUGGGGAUACGUGUUUUCUUUCCUAAUUACCCCACAGGCUGUAUUUGCCUUUUUGCUUGAUACUCAGUACUGAACUGACCUAUGAAGUUUUCAAAGUUUUUCUGAGUGAUAAUAGCUAGUUUUGAUCCUGUGGUGUUUAUCUACUUAGAAUAGUUUUUGUUGGUUUUGGUAUUUAUUGACAUCCUAAGAUAUUGUGCAGUUACUUUAAAGUGCCUUUUUACUGUCUUCUCCGAAUUUGAUUGUGAUUACUAAUUUUUUUAAUAAUAAAAUUUGCCAUUUCUAGCCAUAUUCCUCUUCUUAGAUCUUAUGUGAAUGUACUGAGCAGUGCAGAUUGCAGAAUAAGUUCUUGGCAGAUCUCACUGAUAACCCACAUCUGACAGGGAAACACCUGUCUUUUAACUACUUAUUAAAUCAUGAUAGGGACUGUGACUUUAUUUCCACAAUAGGUUGGUUGUUUUUUUUUCCAGAGUCUUAGCUGACAAUUCUUUUUAAAACAGUUUAGUUAAUAUUAACCAGAUUAAAAAUUGUCUCUUGGAUCUCAGUUAAACAGAAAUGGGAAAUCUGCACUUGGAAUUUCCUGGGUGCUGCAGAGGUUUCUCUGUGCUCCACAUAUUCAUAUAUUUUGGGCAACAAUUGGCUUCCUGAACUCAUGCAAGCAAAUUUGUUUUUAUGUGGAGUGAUGGGCUUUAGAUUUAUGUAGAUUAUCAUAGAAACAGAGAAUUUGCUUGGCAGAGCCAAUUGGAUGGCUAACUUCAGUGAGCCCUGCUUUCCUAGCAGGGUUUUAUUACAGCUGUAAACCUGUCUAGGCUCUUUGGACAUACUCUAAGAGAAUGGGAUCUUUUUUUCCUAACUAGUUUUUUGGGGUUUUUUUGGUUGUUUUUUUUUUUUUCCAAAUUGAAAGAAUAUUUAAGUCACUGAUGGUGUUUGUCCACAUGCAAAUGUAACAUGUGAUGUGGCAGCUAGAAGAUCAAGGGGUUCUUGUGUGGGUAAAUGGAGAACUGGUGGGUUCAAACUGGGUAAAAUAACAUUUGAGUGCAGUGUCAGCCAAAGGAGUGGCCUGUCCAGGUCAGGUCCUGUCAAAAGAGAAUGCUUAUCCAGGUCAGGUAGCUAAAAAAGUAGGGUGUUGACAAAUUGGGAUGAGAUCAGAGAGCUACUAGGAAAAUUAAGUAUUUCUGACUGAAGAAGCUCAGACCGCUUAAUGUAUCCAUCCAAAGGAUUACACGUGGCUGCAAUCUGUGAUUUGGGAAAGCUCAAAGCUGGCAGGAUGUGUAAGGGAAGGAUUGCAUUAUGCUUGUCUGCCCUUCGUCUACUUCUUAGGCAUCUAUUAUUGUCUGCUGCUGCAGCUAGGGUUUCUGUGUAGGUGGACCUCUGUCAGACUUAGAAUAGCUGUCUUUAUCUUCUUGCCCAAGGAGGAUUAAGACGGAGGAUUAGUUUUCAAACUGUUCAGGCAAAAAGUGACUAGAAGCUUCUUUGAGUUAGAAGAUUUUUUGACAAGCAAAGUUAGACAAUAUGAGAAGGCAUUUUACUUGGGGUUGAAAACCCUCAGGCAUCAGCUUGCUGGGUUAAGGUGGUAGUUUCUAUAAUUUAGGGGCCCUAAGAAACAAUCCUGGUGUCAUGAGGAGACUUUAGUCAGGAGCUCAUGGGCUAGAAGGGUUGUUUAGUGGUUUUCUGUGGUUUGAUUACACAGAAAGUUGGAGCAGAUCCUAAAGGACUUUAAUCUUCAAAUGUGUGACACUGGCAGAACGUUAUCUUUUGGUUGUGUUAAGAUGCUGUGAAACUAACAGCUGGCUUGAUUUUCCCUUUUAAAAACGCACAUGCAGCAUGGUCUUGAGUUCACAUUGAGUUAGUGUUUGAGAGGAUGGUGAAGUGGAAAAGUCAACCCUUGAUUUGCAACGAUAUUGUAUAUACAAAGAAAGUUUCUUCAACAAGUGUUUACCAUGCCUCUGGGAACGUUCCUCCUUUCUGUUCUCUGUUUCUUGGGAACAUCAAUUCCACAGGGACUGCAGUAUGUCACAUUCUCACACAAUGCUACAAAAUUCCUCCACCUGUCCAUGGACUUGGAAUCUGGGACCAUUUACUUGGGGGCCACCAAUUUUCUCUUUCAGCUGACAUCUGACCUGCUGUUGGAGAACGUGGUUCAGACUGGGCCCGUUCUGGACAGUAAGGAUUGCCUCCCGCCAGUCUCAAAGCUGGAGUGCCCUCAGGCACACCACACUGACAAUCACAACAAGCUGCUGCUGGUGAACACUGUGCAGAAGGAGCUCAUCGUGUGUGGCAGCGUCCACCAGGGGAUCUGUGAGAAGAGGAGCCUGGAGUCCAUCGACCACGUCCUCUUCCGGCCAGAGAGCCCUGGUGACACUCAGUACGUGGCUGCCAAUGAUCCCAAUAUCACCACUGUGGGACUCAUCGCCUACUCGAAGGAUGAGGUGCCCUUGCUGUUUGUGGGACGAGGGUACACUAGUCGAGGAGUGGGAGGAGGAAUUCCUCCCAUCACAACCCGGAAUCUCAGGGCCCACGGAGGGGAUGUUCAAGCAACAGACUCUCACUCCAUUUUCUCCUAUGAAGAAACAGCAAAACUGGCUGUGGGCCGGCUGUCAGAGUACAACCACCAUUUCAUUAAAUCCUUCACUUACCACUCCAGUGUCUAUUUCCUCUUCUACCGGCGGGACCUCAAAUCCCAGUCGCGUGAGUACAAGACCUACAUCUCGCGCAUCUGCCUGGAUGACUCCCACUAUUACUCGUACGUGGAGUUACCUCUGCUCUGCCAGAGCAAAACCAACACAUACAGCCUCCUGCAAGCAGCCUAUGUCACCCGGCCAGGAAAGGAGCUGGCCCAGGGACAGCUGGACACCGACGGGGAGGUGCUGUUCGCAGCUUUCUCUGCCUGGCAGGCUUCCUCUGGGAAACUGAGCGAGGAGUCUGCGCUCUGUGUCUACACAAUGGAGGAGGUGGAUCGCCUGACCAACUGGACUAGGGAUGUUUGCUACAUGAGAGAUGGGAAGUCAGAAGAAGGGACAGAAGUGGCAUAUAUUGAAUAUGAUGUCAGUUCCAACUGUGUCCAGCUGCCAGCGGACACCCUGUAUGCCUACCCCUGUGGCUCUGACCACACUCCCAGCCCUAUGGCCAGCCGGGUACCCUUGGAAGCAGCUCCUCUCCUGGAGAAAACUGAGGCCCGUCUGACAGCUGUGGCAGUGAAUGUGGAAGAUGGCCACACCAUUGCUUUUCUGGGAGACAGCAGAGGAAGGCUGCACAAGGUGUACUUGGGAGCCCAGGGAGAGGCACACACCUAUGCUUCCGUAUCUAUCCAGGUGAACAGCAUGGUGAGUGGAGACCUGCUGUUCGACCAGUUGCAGGAGCACCUCUUUGUCAUGACCCAGUCAAUGGUGGUAAAGGUUCCCAUAAUGGAAUGUUCCCUGUACUUGGACUGUGAAUCCUGUCUGGCACUGAAAGAUCCCUACUGUGGCUGGUGUGUCCUUCAGGGAAGGUGCAGCCGUCACUCCGAGUGCUUGCGGUCCAGGCUGAGUGAGCAGUGGCUCUGGAGCUUUAACUCUACACAGCAGUGUCUGUCUGUCCAGUCACUAACUCCAGCCAAUAUCAGCAGAGAGGAAAAGAGAAAUAUAUUCUUGGCCAUCUCGGACUUACCUUCUCUGCGUGAGGAAGAAUUUUACUCGUGUUAUUUUGAAGAUUACGAAAGCCCAGCAGUUCUGACAGAGUCAGGAAUCAUGUGUCCUUCUCCAGAUCCCAGCCAAGCACCAGCUUUGCCAGCAGGAACAGAUCAUGUCACCAUAAAGCUUGUAGUGCGUUUCCAUGACAUCUUCAUUGCUUCUGUGGACUUCUCUUUCUAUGACUGUGCUGCAGUGGCCCUGCUGUGGAAAUCGGCACCGUGCCAGAAGUGUGUGAGCAGUCUCUGGCGAUGUAACUGGUGCAUCCAGCAGCACCUCUGCACCCACAAAGCAACCUGUGAGGAGGGAACCAUUAUCUACAAUGAAAGGGCCCAGAUCCCAACCUCGAGUGUGUAUCCCUCUUCAGCUGCUCCCCUCACCAAGUCCUCCACCACACCCCCCACCAUGGCCACAAAACUUGUCACCACCCCUGUGCAUGUGGGCCCGAGCACUGUGCCCCACACGGAGCCCAUCCACGUCACGCCCUCCGCAGCCUCGGAGACGACGACGGAGCCGGCGCAGAGCCCCAGCUACACCCACCUGGCCCUCCCCACCGAAGCCGCCUCCCUGCAGGCUGCCACAGAGUCCCCGCUGCCACCGCCAGCAGACAAACCUGUCACUGUGCCAGAGACAACUUCUCCUGCUGCAUCUGUCCUCUCCAGCCCAUCUAAAAACAUGGAUCACAUAGCCUUGCCCACUGAAGGGCCAGCCACAGCCCAGGAGGCCCGGCACACAGACCCACCCACCACCCUCGGGGGUAGCCCUCUGCACACAUCUCCAGAGGCAGCUGUAACACCUUCCCCUCAUGUCACAAGUUUCAAGUGGCCUCCAAGUCCUUUUCCUACCACAGAGGCGCUGACAUCUGCCAUCUCAUCUCCUCAGAGCCCCAGCCAGGUGCCAGGGAGCCCUGUUGUCUCUGAUGAUACUCCUGGAUUGCCAGGAACUGAGCUCCCUGUUUCAGGGCUCCCAACAUCAGCUCCUCCACAGUGGCUGGUGGAGGAAGGUACAGAGCUCCAGGACACAGAGGACUGGAUGGAUUUGCUUCAGGCUGAGAAUGACACAUCUCUUUUCUCUGCUUCUACUCUUCUGUCGGGUGAUGGCGAUUCUUCAGAGAGGGAUGUCCCUGACUUUCCCAGGAUCCUUCACCCCGACCUCGAUUAUCAGUAUGAUGCCCCUGAGUUCUGGGAGGAGAGUGAAGAGCCUAGCUGGGGUCCAAAUGCAUGUCCCUGUGUGCAGGGAAUCCAGGGAUCUUCACUGUUUCCAGUCAACGUGGCAAGGAAGAUAACCCUGCUGGGAAAGAACUUCCACCUCUAUCAGGACCAGCAGUGGGACUAUGAGUGUGUCUUGAAUUUGGAGGGGAGGACAGUGGUGAUGGAAGCUUAUGUGGAAGGAGAAGAAACAAACAAGUCCCUGUGUUAUAUCACCUGCCAGAUGAACCAGUACAGUUACACAGCACCUCAACUCGAAUUCAAUGCUGUGGUGUUUGUGCAGAGGCGACGACACCUUCGAGUGGACAGUGCUGCAGAUCUUCAUGUGACUUUUUACAACUGCUCUGUGGGACACACUGAUUGUAGCCGCUGCCAAACAGCUGACUCAAAGUACAACUGUGUGUGGUGUGGAGGUGACAACCCCAGCUGUAUCUUCAGGGGCUCUUGCAAGGAAGAAAUUGAAGACCUGUGCCCAGCACCUCUCAUUCACUCUGUGUACCCCCUGUCUGGACCAGUGGAAGGUGGCACUAGAAUCACCAUCACUGGCUCAAACCUCGGGCAGAAACAUCAAGACAUUGCAGAAACUGUCACUGUUGCAGGAAUUCCCUGUGCCGUAGAUGCUCAAGAGUAUGAGAUCUCUAGCAGCAUCGUGUGCGUCACCGGCGGGAGCUGGACAGAGAGGUUUGGGCAUAUCGUGGUGGAGGUGCCUGGAGGAGGUCGUGGGGUUUCUGGUCAUGUUUUCACCUAUCAGAAUCCAGAGCUGAAAUCCAUUGUUCCAACCCAGGGUCCCAAAGCAGGAGGAACCUGCCUUACCCUUCUAGGCUCGAAGCUGCUGACUGGGCAUCCUAAUGAGAUCAGUGUCCUGCUUGGAGACCUCCCUUGUCAAAUUCUCUCUGAGAUGACAGAGGAUCAGCUGGCGUGCCAGACAAGUCCCAGCAAUGUGUCCACAGAACUCCCAGUCACCAUCAAAUAUGGGGAGCAAGAGCGGAGAUUGGAAGGAUCCCUCUUUAGAUAUACUCUGGAUCCCAACAUCACUUUUGCAGAGCCACCUAAAAGCUUCCUCAGUGGCGGAAGAGUGCUCAGAGUUCAUGGCUACAACUUGGAUGUUGUACAGAAACCAAAGAUCCGAGUUACAGUUUCUCCAUCUGAACGCCGGCGCCGAGGAGUGGGGCGAUGGCGAAGGAUCAUCCCGGACUCUGAGUGUCCUGAGGGCUCUCUGUGCAGCAUCCAGCAGUUUGAAGAACCAUGUCUCGUUAACUCUUCUUACCUGAUCCUGUGCAAAACUCCAGCCAUUAACCUGCUGCUGAGGAGUGUCCGAAUCAAACUGGAAUUUAUUCUGGAUAAUCUGAGCUUUGAUUUCAACUCACUGCAUCCCAUGCCUUUCUCUUAUGAAGUCAACCCCAUCCUAAAACCAUUGAAUGCUGAGGACCCUGCCAAACCAUAUCGUCACAAGCCAGGAAGUGUCAUCUCUGUGGAGGGGGAAAAUCUAGAUCUGGCUAUUUCCAAGGAUGAAGUCAUGGCUAUGAUUGGGGAAGGCAUCUGUGUGGUGAAGACACUAACAAGGAAUCACCUCUACUGCGAGCCCCCCUCGGAGCAGCCGGCUCCGCGGCACCGCACCAAGCGCGAGGGCACGGACCUGCUCCCAGAGUUCACGGUUCAGAUGGGAAACCUGAACUUCCUCCUGGGCCGAGUGCAGUAUGACACGGAGAGCCAGCUCACCUUCCCGCUGGAGGCACAAAUUGGUUUGGGUGUUGGUGCAUCCUUUGUGGCACUGAUUGUUCUGGUCAUCGUCUUCAUAUACAGGAGGAAGAGCAAACAGGCUCUGAGGGAUUACAAGAAAGUUCAAAUCCAACUGGAAAAUCUGGAAACGAGUGUUCGGGACAGAUGCAAAAAGGAAUUCACAGACCUCAUGACUGAGAUGAUGGACCUCACAAGUGACCUUGUGGGCACAGGGAUCCCCUUCCUGGACUACAAGUCCUACGCAGAACGCAUUUUCUUUCCGGGCCACCGUGAGUCCCCACUGCAAAGGGACCUUGACAUCCCUGAGUGCCGACGGCAAACAGUGGAGCAGGGCUUGGUGCAGCUCUCCAACCUCCUCAACAGCAAACUCUUCCUCACAAAGUUCAUCCACACUCUGGAGAUCCAGCGCACUUUCUCUCCGAGAGACCGGGCCUAUGUGGCAUCGCUGCUCACGGUGUCGCUGCACGGGAAGCUGGAGUACUUCACUGACAUCCUCAAAACACUUCUGAACGACCUUGUGGAGCAGUAUGUGGCCAAAAACCCCAAGCUGAUGCUGCGGAGGACAGAAACAGUGGUAGAGAAGCUGUUGACCAACUGGAUGUCCAUCUGCCUGUACGCCUUUGUGAGGGAUUCUGUUGGGGAGCCCCUUUACAUGCUGUUUCGAGGAAUCAAACACCAGGUGGACAAAGGGCCAGUUGACUGGGUGACAGGGAAAGCCAAAUAUACCCUGAAUGACAACCGCCUUCUGAGAGAGGACCUGGAGUACCGCACUCUGACCUUAAAUGCUUUGACACAAGCAGGAGUUGGUGCAGGAGGGGCAGAAGACUCCCAAGGGAUUUCUGCGAAAGUGUUGGACUGUGACACCAUAACGCAGGUGAAGGAGAAAAUUCUAGAUCAGAUCUAUAAAGGGACGCCAUACUGUCACCGGCCAGACCCAGACACCCUGGACCUCGAGUGGAGAUCAGGGCUGGCAGGUCAUCUGAUACUGUCCGAUGAGGAUGUGACAUCUGUUGUUCAAGGAACUUGGAAACGUCUGAACACUCUUCAGCAUUACAAGGUGCCUGAUGGAGCAACAGUAGCACUCGUCCCACGCCUGACCAAGCACAUCCACAGGGAAAAUCAGGAUUACAUCCCAGGAGAAAAAACACCAAUGCUGGAGGAUGCAGAUGAAGGUGGGAUCAAACUUUGGCACCUGGUAAAACCAACAGAAGAGCCAGAGCUUCCCAAGCAUCGGCGUGGGAGCUUAAGAGAUCGGGAGCGGGCCAAGGCAAUCCCAGAGAUCUAUCUGACACGUCUGCUCUCAAUGAAGGGCACUCUGCAGAAGUUUGUGGAUGACUUGUUCCAGGUGAUCCUCAGUACCAACCGCCCUGUUCCUCUAGCAGUCAAGUACUUCUUUGACCUGUUAGAUGAGCAGGCCAUACACUAUGGGAUUGCAGACCCUGAGACCAUCCACAUCUGGAAGACAAACAGCCUCCCCCUGCGGUUCUGGAUCAACAUCAUCAAGAACCCCCAGUUUGUUUUUGAUGUUCAGACGUCGGAUAACGUGGACGCUGUGCUGCUGGUCAUUGCACAGACCUUCAUGGACUCCUGUACAAUAGCUGACCAUAAGUUGGGGCGGGACUCUCCAAUCAAUAAGCUGCUUUAUGCCCGGGACAUUCCUCGCUACAAGCAGAUGGUGGAAAGGUACUACGCAGACAUUCGUCAGACCAUCUCUGCCAGUGACCAGGAGAUGAACUCUGCCCUGGCUGAGCUGUCACGGAAUUACUCAGGUGACCUCAAUUCCCUGGUGGCUCUACAUGAAUUGUACAAAUACAUCAAUAAGUACUAUGACCAGAUCAUCACUGCCUUGGAAGAAGACCCAACGGCACAGAAGAUGCAGCUUGGAUAUAGACUGCAACAGAUUGCAGCAGCUGUGGAGAAUAAAGUCACAGAUUUGUGACAGGCACAGACAGACUGCUCUCCCCUGGCUGAAUGGGGACAGUGCUCAUCCUAGUUGAUAAACAGGGUGUCCUGCUGCCAUUGGAACCAGACUCUCCAAGGAACCUGCGGGUGACGUGAGCAAGGGGAUGGCCAAGGCAGUACAAAGUACAAGCGUCCUUGCAUCUCAGAGAAUAUUUUUUUACAGUUUUUUUUUUUCUUUUUAAAAGCAAAAUGAAACA